UGUGAUUGAAAUCGUUUAAAAAAUUUCAUUAUUCAAAGUGAACAGCAUUGAGAUUUUAUUGAGUUGGUUUGAUGGGUUAGAUUCGCGCUACUAUAUUGCCUGCGGCUAAUGGGACUUGGAAUUGGGGUUUUACCAUUACUUAAGCUGAUUCUGAGUAUUUGUUUUGCGAUUACAUUUUGGGGUUUUCACUAAUUGAACGCUCUACCUUACCAGUUUAUUAGUGGCGCCGAUGAGAACUGUGCUUGUUACGCUCAGACAAACCCGUAAUACAAUGGCAAUGCCCAAUAAGAGGACGACGACCUCCACUAGGGGUUUGAUGGUGGACACCCUUCUUCAGUCUCAGUCUUGUGUCAGGUCUCGUCUUGGUGCAGUUUCUCACUUCUCCAUGAAUCUUCAGUCGUUUGGUGGCGUUACUGAUCUUUCCAACGAAGAAAACAAAAGGCGCACUAUUAACAGAUGGUUGUACCGAAGCAUGCAAAGGGGUUUCUUAGAGUUGGACUUGGCAUUGGGAAAGUGGGUUGAGGAAAAUAUCUUCUCAAUGGAUGAAUCUGGUAUCAAAUCACUUUUUCAUGUUCUUGACGUGGAGAACCCAGACCUGUGGAAGUGGCUCACUAACCAGGAACAACCACCCGAGGCUGUGAAUAAUAAUUCAGUGAGCAUUCUCUGCUCUUCGUGAGUAGGUCAUGGGCAACCUGGGACACGAGCAACACCUGGGCAGCCAUGGGUAAGAGGAUGGGAUGAUUUGAAAAGAGGGAGAGGCAACCCCAUAUCUGGAAAUCAAUUGCUUCAGGACCUGGUUUCUUGCAGAGUGGUAAGUUGGUGUUGGAGCUUUGGAGGAUCAUAAAGAUUGCUCAUUUCUCUACCAAUUUCGGUUUUUGGGUGGGGCUAGGUUAAUUUCAAUAGAAGAUCUACCAUCACAUAUGGUUCUAGACACUUUGACUUCAGGCGGAUUAAAUGCAUCUGGAACAAAGUAGUAAAAUGUUCAGGGGAAUCCAUUCAGCUUUGUAACUCACAUUCAAUAUUUAGUUCUCUACAUUUGAAUGCGUAAAUAAAGUUUUCAAUCAGUAUCACGAGAAUUGGAAGCGAGUUCUGAGGUUCUUGCAGGCUGUCAAGCUAAUCUUUCGACUCUGUUUAGACCUUAGCAGGCAAUGUACAAUUUCCAAUCUUUUUAUUUUCAA